AUGGUGCACCCCAUUUUUCUUCUACUCCUUGCGUUUAUCUCAACCCCAAUCUUUGCCGAGUUAAUUGAUAAGAGGCCUGAGAAACAAAUCCCCAACUACGUUGAGUUAGUCAAGGAAGCCAAAGACUAUGAGACCCUUCGAAAUGGUGGCGAUCUGCAUCAGUUAGAAAGACAAAUUCUCAGAAGGUGUACUUACAUCUACCAUCCGGGCCUUGGGAGUGACAAAAUCGAGAUGUUCUACUAUAGCGUCAAGGACAAGAACUGCUUUCCCUUCACCUACACCGGGUUUGGCGGCAACGCGAACCGUUUUGACUCCUAUGAGGAGUGCAUGCAAACAUGCACCACAGAUCCCUCCAGUGAGGAGGAGGAGGAGGAGGAGGAGGAAGAGGAGUAA